CAAGGCUCUGCUUGUUUCUGGGAUCUUGAAAGCGCUGCAAGUUUCGGCGUUUGAUUGUGGUUUCGUUGGGAGGCAGGAUGGAUGGAGCAUGUUUACGGAGGAGAAGAGGUGGUCCCUAUAAAACAGAGCCUGCGACAGACCUCAGCCGCUGGCGCUUGAGGAAUGAAGAGGGUCGGCAGCGAUGGCAUUAUCUGGCAGAUGGCGAGAGUGGUGGCCGGGAGCAGAGUGUGUUGGAGGCCCAUUCUCUUGGGCUGGACACAACCAAAACCCUCCCGGUCUUACCUAAGGCCUGCACUGCAGAGGAUGCGGCAAUGAAUGGGAUGAAGUUUUACUCUUGUCUCCAAGCCGAGGAUGGCCACUGGGCUGGGGACUACGGUGGGCCUCUCUUCUUGCUGCCAGGGCUCCUGAUUGCAUGCCAUGUGGCCAAGAUCCCACUACCUGAGGAGAGCAGGAAAGAAAUGGUGCGCUACUUGCGUUCUGUGCAGCUCCCCGAUGGCGGAUGGGGCCUGCAUAUUGAAGACACGUCCAAGGUGUUUUGUACUGCUCUCAACUACGUAGCCAUGCGGCUUCUGGGGGUCAGUCCUGAUGACCCAGACGCAGUGCGGGCUCGGAACAACCUCCACAGCAAAGGUGGUGCUGUGGGAAUCCCUUCCUGGGGCAAAUUUUGGCUAGCUGUCUUGAAUGUCUAUAGCUGGGAAGGACUGAAUACGCUUCUCCCUGAGAUGUGGCUGUUUCCUUCCUGGAUGCCGUGCCACCCCGCCUCGCUCUGGUGCCACUGCCGACAGGUCUACCUGCCCAUGGCCUAUUGCUAUGCCACACGCCUUACUGCAGAAGCAGAUGAGCUCGUCCUGAGCCUCCGGCAGGAGUUGUAUGUACAAGACUAUUCCAGCAUUGACUGGCCAGCACAGAGAAAUAACGUGGCUGCAUGCGACAUUUAUACCCCGCAUAGCUGGCUUCUUAAUAUUGUUUAUGCAAUAUGCAACACCUAUGAGAGAUAUCAUAGCAAGACUCUAAGAAAAAGAGCUGUAGAAGAACUCUAUGACCACAUCAAGGCCGACGACCGGUUCACCAAGUGCAUCAGCAUUGGCCCUAUAUCGAAAACCAUUAAUAUGCUCGUUCGCUGGCAUGUUGAUGGGGACCAGUCCCCUGUGUUUCGAGAGCACGUCUCCAGGAUCCCCGACUACCUCUGGCUGGGAAUGGAUGGCUUGAAGAUGCAGGGCACCAACGGAUCACAGCUUUGGGAUACAGCAUUUGCCGUCCAAGCUUUCUUGGAGGCAGGUGCUCAAAAGAAGCCUGAAUUUGCCUCCUGUUUGCAACAGGCGCACACGUUCUUCAGAAUCUCUCAGAUUCCAGAAAACCCGCCUGAUUAUGAGAAGUACUACCGCCAAAUGAACAAGGGAGGAUUUCCCUUCAGCACUCGGGAUUGUGGCUGGAUUGUGGCUGACUGUACAGCGGAAGGGCUGAAGACCGUGAUGCUGAUGCAGGAAAAAUGCCCAUUCCUAAAGGAGCACAUCCCACCGGCGCGCCUCUUUGAUGCUGUCAAUGUGUUGCUGAACUUGCGAAAUGCUGAUGGUGGCUUUUCUACUUACGAAACGAAGCGUGGGGGCUGGCUGUUGGAACUGCUGAAUCCAUCUGAGGUCUUCGGCGAUAUCAUGAUAGACUACACGUAUGUUGAAUGCACCUCGGCAGUGAUGCAGGCAUUGAAGCAUUUCCACGAGAGCUUUCCUGAGCAUCGAACACACGAAAUCAGGGAAACUCUCCAAGAGGGUUUGCAGUACUGCCGGAGAGUGCAGAGGGAUGACGGCUCCUGGGAAGGAUGUUGGGGGGUUUGUAUCACCUAUGGCACCUGGUUUGCUCUGGAAGCAUUUGCUUGUAUGCAGCACAAGUAUGAAGACGGAGUGGCCUGCAAGGAAGUGUCUCGGGCUUGUGAGUUCUUGGUCUCCAAACAAAUGGAGGAUGGUGGUUGGGGAGAAGACUUUGAGUCUUGCGAACAACGCCGAUACGUCCAGAGUGCCACAUCCCAGAUCCAUAACACCUGCUGGGCUCUUCUGGGGCUCAUGGCUGUUAGGUAUCCUGAUGUCAGAAUCCUGGAAAGGGGGAUUAAAAUUUUGAUCGACAAGCAACUGCCCAAUGGGGACUGGCCUCAGGAGAACAUUGCUGGAGUAUUCAACAAGACCUGUGCUAUCAGCUACACCUCUUACCGAAACGUCUUCCCUAUUUGGACCCUUGGGCGCUUUUCCCGCCUACAUCCCACCAGCUUCCUUGCUGGAAAGGGUUUGACUCAGCAGUUUGAAAAUGAAGAAACAGGAAAUGGCUGCUGACUUCCUGUCCACUUUGCCUAAAUUGGGGACCAUUGUUGCUCACACAAGCUGCCAGCGUGCCUAAGCAGGCCUCCUGUAAUGAUUUCAAGAAAUGGGUGCAUGCGUCUAAAUGUUUGGUGAGAUAGGUGAAGAGUGGAGGGUGAAAGAGAGAGAUGAGUGAGUGAUAUGAUUGGUUGAUGACAGAGAGUGGGCGGAGUGAAGGCAGUUUUCAGUUACUGAGGGAGAGAAAAAGAUUCAGUCAGGGCAAGAGAGGCGAGCUGUGUGCAGCCUGAGGGUGUUCAUGUAUUUGUGAGGGAAAGACAACCUGAGUGGAAGCCUGAACUGAGUGUGUCUGUGAGACUAUAUAUUCAUUCUAUUUGAAGCAGGCAAACUGUGUGUGCGCCUGAGAGAGAAAGAAUUGAGAGAGAGAAGAAAGCAGGCUAGCUGUGUGCUGUCUGAGGAGUUCUCUGUGAGAGAAAUAUAGAGCCUAGCGAAAGAGGCUAACUGUGUGUGAAGCCUUACAAGAGAUCUGUGUGAAUGAGUUUGGAUGAAGCAACUAGAAGAACUAAGAACUACU